UAAUGAGUUCUUCUCUAGCAAGUUCGAAUGCAACGGGUCCUGUUUCCACAAUGGCGGGAUCAAAUAGCGUGUUGCCUAGUUUAAUAGGCAGUCGACCAAUACCAGCGGCGGCGGCGGCAACAGUACCCAUACAUCCGCAAAUGGCCGCCCAAUUUCGAGAAAUUCACAAAAAUACUUGGCUAAAACGUUUAACAGCUGAAGGCAAGAAAAUUUGUGUCGGUCCAAAGAAAUGCGAACGCAGCUGGGUUGUGUUCUGUGUACAUGACGACACCGAGGCAUUGCUGGAGGGCUAUGCCGAACCCAGACAAGCUCCUUCUCAUAAUCCAGAAUGGGUUGUAUCACUGCAGGAUACAUUACAUAUUUCUCACGCACUAAUUCCAAACUCACAUGAAUUCGAAUUUGUUGUCACGCUUAGCAAUGAAGUGUUGCGUUUUCAUGCUAUGUCAUGGGAUAUUAUGCAAGAAUGGGUCGAAACAUUGCGUUCCAAAUUGAGAGAAAUGAAAAUACUUUCUCCUAGGGAGAACCUGUAUACAAAAUUGCCUGAAGUUCGACUGCCCUUAUUGCCAACGAGGGAUCCAACAUCGCCAUUGCCAGCACCGCCGCCUGUCCCAGCUGCAAUAGUGCCUGGUGUAGAAAGAGUUAUUCCACCCAGUCUUCAACAACAACAGCUACAACAAAGUACAGCCAGUGUAAACGAUAACAAUUCCACAAAUGAAACUCGAAAUGAAGCCGAUAAUACAACCACUGCAUCCACUUCCUCAAAUACUUCCACAAACGAUAGUUUUAAUAUUAAUACAACAACCACAAAUAGUAUACCGUCCACAACAACUACAACAAUAUCUAGCUCUACAUCCUUGUUUACUAGUACUAAUGGAACAAACACGUCGACAACGUCCACUCCUCUUCUGUCGUCUAUGUCGAAUACUUUAACACAAAACCUAUUGAAUAUGUUGUCGGAUCCAAUAAGUGCUUAUAGCGAACAAAUUAACGAUGCAAAUUCAUCAACUUCUUCCGUUGAUCUGGACGAAAUGUCAAAUGUAACAUCAAAAACAUUAACACUAAGCUUAGAUAGGGGAGAUUUGCAUUUCAGUGAUUCCCAAUCGACUGAGGACGAAUGCAUUGGACCAUUGUUACGCAAACCCAGUGUGCGAUCAGGCGAUUUUAACAAUCACGGAAGCAGCAGUGUUAAUAAUAGUGUUCGUUUGGAUGUGCUUUCUGCUCAUCGUGCUUCUGCAGAUCAUGUCCGAAAUCUUGAGAAUUUAUUACAAUGCGAACGUCGAAUACCACGACCACACACCUCUCGAUCCCUCUCUGUGGGAGCCGUUGAUAAAACCAGUAAUCCAUUAACAACUAAUUGUCAUAAACCUGAAGUCACAACUCUAAAUGAUACUCAUCAAUCAUUGGUCGUAGCGAAUUCCUGCUCGCGCGGUAAUAAUAUUACAGAACUUGAGGUAAAUUCAGAAUUUGAAAAUCAACCGUCGACCACUUCAACGUCUUCGUCAGUUGAUACUAAAACGAACAUCACUAUAAUACAAGUCUCUACAAAUGUGAUUAAUGGUGACAAAACGUCAACUUGUGAUAGCGAUUAUGAACCUCCUAAAUUACCCCAUAAGGCAUCUAACGCGGAGAUAUUCACAUUUCCCGAAACACAUGUUGCAUCUGCAGUAGCGUCUGCGUCAGUGAAACAUACCAAACAGUUUGAAUACAAGAGUAAUGUACAAAUCAUUCCGUCCAGUAGUAGUAGUAGUACGAAUAGCAAUAGUAGUCAACAACACAAUAGCAGCACAAUUCAAGUUAUAGGCGAUACAGCAGCAGUACAUCCGCAGUCGGUUGGUAAUCAGUACACAACCCCGGCAAAGAAAACACCCUUGGCUUCAAGCGGGGCAGCAGCAUCGACAGCAAUUGCCGAUCAGUGUAAGAUAACUACAGUUCAUGUAGCAGGCACUGAUAACUCGUAUGGGACUUGUUUCACACCUCCAUCGGCCAUGAGUUCAACGUCAGGACAACCGCCAACGUCCACGCCAAAAUUGCCCAAGAAAAUUAUUGUAUCGGCAAAUACAUCUGGAAUCACAAAUAUAACCGUAAAUAACACAAAUGAGUCGAAAUCUAUGGCAAUGCGAAGAAGUUCUUUGAAGGAAGAAGUUGAAAAGGCAUCCAAGUCAAGUAAUCGUAGCAACACGAUGCAUUACGAAAAGGUAUUUCUAUCCACAACAGCCAAUACGGCUGUUGAGAUCGAAUCACCAACAUCGUCCAAUGCAGCCAUUAUUUCGGAAAACAUGAGUGUUAUGCCAUCGUCUUCCCAACAACUGCCAAAUGCAUCGGCACCAAUGUCACCGAAAUGGAGUUCUCCUCUUAGACAAUCCAAUCAAAAUAAAUCAAAGGUAGAUUUAGGACCAUUAUCGCCAAUCACAAAGUCUUCAGUCAAUGGGGUCAAUGAUAAGAAGAUAAAGGCACAAAUAAUAAAGCAAGCCAGCAUAGAACAGCCAGAAAGUCGAAUAAAAACAACGCCAAUAACAUGUCAAGUUAACCAAGAUCAGCCGCCUACUCCCCUCAAAGUGGCAAGUCCAGCACUUCAGAGGAGGAGAAUCGUGUCUCCAUCCAAUGCUCCGCCAGGGCAGAUUCCUAGACCACCUUUCCUCUUAAGGAGAGGCCUCACCGAGGCCGUUAUUACUGCAAGGCCUAGUCGUCGAGAUUUUCAUAUACUCAAUAAAAUGUCUUCAUCCAAAACGAAAAACUCAGCUCCGCAUUCAGUGACAAAUGUCAACAACAAACCACAUAACAUAUCUAAUGCCAAUAACAAUGGUGAUGUUCCUGGUCCAUCGGCAGCUACACAAACACCUACCCACAUGGCUAUAAAUCGAACGGCAUCUGAUGCCGUGGAACAACGCAGGCGUAGUUCCUCGACUUCCGACGCCCAAGGACAGCGCAACUCACGCGGAGCCAACAACAAUGAAUUUUCCAAUCGCCCUAAUCCAGCAUCGGGAGCAAAUCCAGCUUUGCGUCAACCACCGCAACCAUUUCGGAUAAGCGAUAAUAUUUUAGGUGGAGGUCCCAGUGGACACCAUAAUACUUCGAACGCGUCGCCGGCAAAACGAAUGACAUUGCGGGAGCAACAAGUCAUGCAACUACGUCGUGAAAUAAUGCAUCCUGGAGGUGUACGCUUACAGCUACGACGAAAAGAUUGUGUGGGUUCCAUAGCCUGGGUCGAUGCAUUCGGUGCCGUAUGGGUUGCUGGAUGGAAGCAAAAGGAACACCCGGUAUUAUAUAACGCCCUGCACAUCGGUGAUCAGCUACUUUCUAUAGCAGGCGUUACUAUAAGUUCAGCAGCCGAAGCCAAUAAAAUUAUUAGGAAUACAAAUACGCUUUUUGUUGAAGUUUUGGUUCGUCGCAUUCCAUUCGGCAGGGGCUAUGCCAUUCGUCGAGAAAGAGAAGGUCAAUGCUUGGGAUUAAUACGGGAUGGCAAUACAGCAACUAUUGUCGAUGUUGUGCCAAAUAGUUUAGCAGCUAGACACGGAUUACCUCCAAAGGCUCAAUCAUGUGAUGGCACAACCUUAACCUUUUGGGUACUAACCGAGAUAAAUGGUCGUCCCUUGAAUUUGUUCUUUAAGGACAAUGAGAUACGGGAUCGUCUAAAUUCGGUGGGUCGUGAUAUAUCCAUAUUGGUGCAGCCGUCCGAUUUAAUAACGAAGCUUAAAAAACAACUGAAGUCAUUGCGCGGCUAUAAGGAUUAUUUGGUGCAAUAACCCUAAAUGAA